AAAUCCACCCUAAAUUAGAAUUUGUGAGCUCAUGAAAAAAUGCAAGUUGACCUGACCAAAAGGAGAAAAACCCAUUUCUCUCCCGCUUCAUCUCCACCAUUUUCUUUAUUUUUAGUAAAUAACUUUGACUGUCUUGUCUUUUCCAAUGUCUUGCUGAAUUCUAAAAUCUCGCUGUUCAUAAAAUAUUUGAUUUUUAGCCACUGCCAAGCCAACUGUUGGGUUGCUCACUUCCUCAUUUUACGACAACAUUCCUCUUCAUAUUAUUACCAUCCCGCCUUCAGUCACAUUCUCUCUCUGUUUCUCUGUAUCUCUGUCUCCCCCCUUCUAAUUCUUUAUUCUUUUCUUAUGCACCACCCCCUUUCUUCAGCUGAAAUACAGUGAAAUAAUUAAAGAAAAGAAUUUAACUCUAGUUUUCUAAUCAGCAUUUGGGUUCUUUUUAUUAAAAUCUCAACAUUGUCUUAGGUGUAGCUUUUACCAUUGUUUCGCUGUGCAAAGAGAUUUCUGGGCAAAGCAAGUGAGAGUGAGAGGUUCAACCAAUAUGAAGCUGUUGUGGGUUUUGGGGUUUAUGGGGAUGGUGUUGUGCAGAAGGACGGAUGGUUUUGCGGAUGUGAAUGGUACAAAAGAAGAAGACUUGCAUUACACUGAGAGUAAUGUUUAUGGUUAUGGACCUAAUGGUUAUGGGGUGUUCAGCAGACCCUUGAUGGUGGGUCUCACUCUUAUCAAUGGAGCUGCUGCCAAAGGAGCAGUCUGCCUAGAUGGAACAUUACCCGGUUUCCACAUCCACCGUGGAUAUGGGUCAGGAGCAAACAGUUGGCUCAUUCAGUUGGAGGGAGGAGGAUGGUGUGAUACAAUCAGAAAUUGUGUCUAUAGAAAGAAAACUCGUCGUGGUUCAUCAGCAUAUAUGGAGAAGCAGAUACCAUUUGCAGGGAUAUUGAGCAACAAAGCUGGAGAAAACCCUGACUUUUACAACUGGAACAGAGUCAAGGUUCGAUAUUGUGAUGGUGCAUCUUUUGGUGGUGACAGUCAAAAUGAGGCAGCCCAAUUGUAUUUUCGAGGCCAACGAAUCUGGGAAGCUGCUAUGGCAGAUUUGAUGUCAAAGGGAAUGCGCUAUGCUAAUCAGGCUCUUCUUUCUGGAUGUUCUGCUGGUGGUGUUGCAACUGUACUCCAUUGUGAUGAGUUUCGUGCCAUGUUUCGUGGAACUACUAGAGUCAAGUGCUUGAGUGAUGCUGGAUUAUUUCUUGAUGUAAUUGAUGUAUCUGGUAGGCGCACAUUAAGAAAUAUGUUUAGACGAGUGGUUAGCCUACAGGGAGCAUACAAGAGUCUUCCAUGGAGUUGUACCAAUCGCCUCAACCCGACUUUGUGCUUUUUCCCGCAGCACUUAAUUGCAAGUGUCAAGACCCCCCUUUUUCUGGUCAAUGCAGCUUAUGAUACAUGGCAGAUCCAGGCCAGUUUAGCUUCACCAACAGCAGAUCCUAAUGGCCUUUGGCAUGAAUGCACAAAAAAUCAUGCGCGUUGUGCUGCAUGGCAGAUGAACUUUUUGCAAGGUUUCCGGAAUCAAAUGCUCAAGGCUGUAAGUGGCUUCUCAAGGGCCAGUAAAAAUGGUUUAUUCAUAAAUUCUUGCUUUGCUCAUUGCCAGACUGAGAGACAAGAUACAUGGUUUUCUCAAAAUUCUCCCCAUAUUGGAAAUAAGGGGAUAGCAAAAUCAGUCGGAAACUGGUAUUUCGAUCGAGUUAAUAUCAAGGCAAUAGAUUGUCCAUACCCUUGUGACAAGAGCUGCCAUAAUCUGGUGUUUAGGUGAAAAUUUAUGUAUCAUCUAUUUAUGUCUUCUCGUCCCCAAUUAUAUUGCCAAGGGCAUGUAACAAUCUCUGUUUAAACCCGAGUCAUUGCUGUGAAGCUCGAAGAGCGAUCAGCAAGUUCAUCUAUUGUCUUUAUGAGCCAAUAUAUAAAUGUUCGCAUCUUGAUUAUCUUUCA